CCCUGCUGCUCUGUCUUUGAUUGGAGGGAAACCCCGUCGAUGAGCGGGAGAGAUCAUCAGCUGUGCGGCCGGGAAUCAGGAGCAACAUCGUUAAACGACACUCGCAGCCCAAACAGAAGCCAUGGCAGACAAGGAGGAGCUGGUCCAGAAAGCCAAACUUGCAGAGCAGGCUGAGCGCUACGAUGACAUGGCUGCAGCCAUGAAGGCUGUCACAGAGGAGGGCUCGGAGCUCAACAACGAGGAGCGCAACCUGCUCUCGGUCGCCUACAAGAAUGUGGUAGGGGCAAGGAGGUCCUCGUGGAGGGUGGUGUCCAGCAUGGAGCAGAAGUCUGAUGAUGGCGCCAAGACCGCACUGGCAAAGGAGUACAGAGGGAAAAUUGAGAAGGAGCUGAAUGACAUCUGCAAGGAAGUUCUGGAUCUUCUUGACAAAUAUCUGAUCCCCAAAGCGACACCUGCUGACAGCAAAGUCUUCUACCUAAAGAUGAAGGGAGACUACUACCGCUACCUAGCUGAGGUGGCCACUGGAGAGGACAAGGAAGCCAUCAUCAAUAACUCACAAGAAGCCUACCAGAAGGCAUUGGAUAUCAGCACCAAAGAAAUGCCACCCACACAUCCCAUCCGCCUGGGCCUUGCUCUUAACUUCUCUGUCUUCUACUAUGAGAUUGUCAAUUCACCUGACAAGGCCUGCCAACUGGCCAAAUCGGCCUUUGACGAGGCCAUUGCCAUGCUGGACUCCCUCAACAGCGACUCUUACAAAGACAGCACCUUGAUCAUGCAGCUCCUCCGUGACAAUCUGACACUGUGGAUGUCAGACGCACAGGGUGAGGGCGAGGGUGAAGGAGAGGAGACGGAGCGGGCAGCUGAGAAGAACUGAACUUCAGAAAAGGGAGAAAAAAAAAAAAACAACAAAAACAAACACAUUUUUUACCUCUCACCAGCCUAAGUUGUGUGUGUGUGCGGUUGUGUGUGCACAUACAUGCACAGAUAUGUAUGUUUACACUCCACUCACAAUGUGUAAAAGUACAGUAUGUUUGUGCAGAUACAUUGAAGUGUGUGUGUGGUAAUUGUAUGAGCACCUCCACAGAGAAAUGAAUGGAACAGACUUGUUUUUUCUUUCGAACAUAACUCAUCGUGUGAACCAGUUGGAUGUUCAUUUUUGUCAGCUUUAGUCCGAAUGACAUCCUUACUUUAGAUACAAAUCUGCCCAAUUCUCUUCAACAUUACUCACUGUAGCAAACUGCUGCUGUUGCAGGAAAUUAAAAAAAAAAGAGAGAGAGAAUUUGUAUGUUUUUACUUGAACAUUUACAACCUUUGUUACACUCUGGUCAACAAAACUCUGUUGAAGCUACUGGAAAAAAACAAAAAAAAAACUAAAUUCACUAAAUUAUACAACUGACUAGGAGUGAUCAUGUACUGUCAGCAGGUAUUUAUUGCUUUUGUUAAAGAUCUAUUAACGUAGUGCUUGUAUCCAUCCUGCCCUGUUGGUGUACAGUGUAGCAGGUAGUGUUUCUAUGGAUGGUACAUGUGUCAUGAUUCAAUGGGUUGUGUGUGCAUUCAGGCAUAGAAAAUGUUUUCUGUAUGAAUGGCCUCUUAAACUUUGGUUAAUUUUUUUUUUUUUUCCUUUUUUUUGUGAGAGGAUUAUAUUCCACAGUGACAUGUGUUGACAUUUUCCUGCAGUUUUGCAUACAACAUGACAAGGUUUAGACAGUUUAAGAUAACGUGAACAACUUGAUAAAAAUGGCUUGAUACUGUAACUUUUUUGAUAUUUUAUCCUUUCAGCAGUGCAAAGGAUACUAUUGCCAUGUGGUUUUAUGUGGCUUUCUACUCUUUUUCUAUUCAUGUGGUUUUUGUAUUUUCUUUUUGUGUAUUUUUUUAUUAAUUUUGACUGGAUUUCACUCCUGGAAUGUAUGAGGUUGUCAGUAGUAUGGUGUGAGGGUUAGGCAUGCUUUGAAACUGGCUUUUUUUUUGUUUUGUUUUUUUUUUUCUUUGCUUAGAAUUGAACUUUAACCUGGUGGUUUACAGUAACAUUUGCCUGUUUUGAAAGUGCACCAUGAAAAGACAAAGUAAAACCAUGCUAAGUAUAAAACUGAUUAUUAAAGUAUCUUGGUAGAAAGCUGCAUCAAAGCCAUUUUGUAGUUACAAAGUAGAGCCAGUUUCUUCUAAUUACAGUGUCUUGGUUUUUAAAAAAAAGAUGGGAUGCAGGAUUUAAAAUUUGCCAGUUACACUCUGAGUACGUUACUUGGUUAUGUGCUUUCAUGUAAGUGGAAAUAAAACAUUCAAAUU